UCUACUGGAGGCGUAUUGACAGCUGUUUAUAUAUCUUGAAGUCUAUUAGGACAGAUUAUUAGAUGAUAAGAUAUGGUGAAGGAAGGAAGGUAGGAAGGCAAGAAGGAAAAAUGCCACCUUUCAGAGAGAGAGAGACAGAGACAGAGACAGAGAGAGAGAGAGAGAGAGAGAGAGAGAGAGAGAGAGAGAGAGAGAGAGAGAGAUCAUGAGGUUGCACAGAAUGCAGAAAGAGUCACAAAACUAUGUAGGACAUAGAGAGGAACAGCAGACGACCGCAGUGAGAUCACCAGGGAACUGAAUUACUCGUGGAGGAACUAGGAAAGAAAAAAGGAAACUUUUCUGUAAACUUGGUUUCACUUGUCGUUGUUUCAGCUUCUUUAACUCUCAGCAGAUUGCCCGUCACGAUCAUGAUCAACGGCAGUGGAACAAUCACCGGCGCAGCAAUCCUCGGCCUCGUGUUCCUCCUCGGCGUCCCCGGGAACGUCUUCAUCAUUUGGAGUAUUUUGGCCAGAGCGCGGCAUCGCUCCAUCACCACCCUCCUGAUCCUAAACCUCGCCUUCGCCGACGGCUUCCUCAUGCUGCUGACGCCCUUCUUUAUGGUGUAUUUGGCUCAGGGCAGCUGGAUUUUCGGCCAGACGCUGUGCAAAAUCCUAUUCUACCUCUGCUGCGCCAACAUGUAUGCUUCCAUAUUUCUGAUCAUGCUGAUGAGUCUCCACAGGCUGGUGGCGAUAGUGUGGGCGAAGCGCGUCGGCGCGCUGACGAACCGCAGGAUGCUCACGCGGGUGCUGGUGGGACUCUGGGUUCUCGCUCUGGGACUCUCUGCACCCGUUUUGGUUUUCAGGGCUCUCAAGGUCAGAAAUGAGACUGUCAAUGUCAGCAAUGAGAUUAUCUUGUGCAACUGCCAACACGGACACCAUCAAUAUGUGGUGAUGCAGUAUGGCACUGAAACAUUACUGGGCUUCUUGUUGCCAUACGGCGUGAUCAUAGGCAGUUAUGUGUGCAUUCUGCGGAGAAUCCGCCAGACGCGCUUUCGCAGACACAUCCGCAGCGAGAAACUCAUCCUGGUGAUCAUCAUCACCUUCGGACUCUUCUGGCUGCCGUACCACAUCAUAAACAUGGUGCAGGUGGCUGAUGCUUUACAAAAGAAAGAGCCACCAAAAGAAAAGUGGAUUCUGCGAGUGCUCACCUCUACCGUGGCCUUUGUCAGCAGCUGCAUAAACCCUGUGCUUUACACCUUCGCCGGUAAGUCGUUCAUCCGGCGCGAUGGUCUGGCCUUCAUGGCACGGCUGUUCGAGGGAACGGUGCUGAAAACGACGCGGAGUGUCCAGUGCAGCAACCAGAACAGCCGUGACCGAGAGAAGAAGACUGACGAGGGAGAGAGUCUCAAAGACAAAGACUCCGACUCCUCCACUACUGCUAACACGAGCUCGGUUAUUAAAGUUGUGCCACAGAAACAUGGUAAGUGAGCAUCUGGCUGCGGCUUG